AUGGAGUGCAAAGGCGUUUGUGUGCUGCUGGGAGUGCUGCUACUGGUGAGCUGCUCACUUCAGCAGACUGCACCAAAGAAGAAGCUGGUGAAAAAAGAUACAACAAAGGAUGCCAUCGAGGUGCUACAAAAACAGGUCAAGGACAUUGUCAUGGAGCUCAACGUACUGAAGGAACAGCAGGCACUGCAAACAGUCUGUUUGAAAGGCGUCAAGAUCCAUGGUAAGUGUUUCCUGGCCGACCCUUUGAGGAAGCGCUAUCACACUGCCAGUGAGGACUGCAACUCCAUGGGUGGUGUCCUCAGCACGCCCAUGUCCAGCGAUGAGAAUGACCAGCUCAAAGAAUACAUCCGCCAGAGCAUCGGCCCCAGUGAGCAGGUGUGGCUGGGCGUCAAUGAUAUGAUGACUGAGGGCAAAUGGGUGGAUCAGACUGGUGGCAGCAUCACAUACAAAAACUGGGACACCACCAACAGUCGGUCCCCUCAGCCAGACGGCGGCCAGUCCCAGAACUGUGCCAUCCUCUCCGUGGCCUCCCGCGGGAAGUGGUUUGAUGAGAACUGCCGUGAAGAGAAGCCCUCCGUCUGCCAGUACAAUAUCGUUUGAUUGCAUUUAACUAAUCACAGACUCUUAGCAUGGUUACAGCUGCUUAGUGUGUGUGUGUGCACCUGCUGCCAUCCCAUUCUGCCUGCUUUUCUCAAAAGGAGUUUUUAAGCCAGUGGUUCUCAGCUGGUUCUGCAUUGGGACCAGUUUCUGAUCUUAAAGUCACAGCCAGCUAGAAUAAGACUAUCACAUUUUCUAC